UAACGACUAUAAUGCAAAUCAAAAUAGUGUAAAAUUUUUAUAAUUAGAUCUACAUAUACAAAACCUAACUUAUAUAUUAUUAUAUUUAGCUGUAACAACUACCACAACUGUGACAUCUGGUACAAUUACUUCGAAUACAUGUACUUCUGGAUGGAAAGGUGUUACUACACUUUAUCAUUGUAGUAAUUGUCAAAAUAUAACAACAUACACACAAUAUACAUAUACCUAUACAGCUAUUUCAAAUCGAACUCGUAUUGCAUUCUCUUUUCGUCAUCGAUGGGCCACCACAAUUAAUUCUUGUAAAAUGUCUAAAAGUACAAAUCCAUUAACUAACUACUUUAAGAAAGUAUCAAAUGCUUAUAAUAUUGACGAAGUUCAUGAAGCAACAGUUCAACCAUGUUCAAUUGAAGAAACAGAUAUUCUUCGAACAAAACGAUUUAAACCAAAUGCAUCGACGAAUUCCACUACCUUGGCCACCAACAAUACCGCUGCUGCUUCAAUUAGUAGCUCUGCAACAGCAGAAUCUACCAUGUCAUUGUCUUCGAACCAACGAGACCCUUGUCAUGGUCCUGCAAAAGUAAAAGAAUACAUACUGUUAGGUCCAUUUCAACCACAAACACAGUUUCGCAAUGUUAAUGGUCGUCGUUUUCGUCCUGAAUGGUAUAAUAUUUAUCCAUGGUUAGAAUAUAGUUUAGAAUUGGAUCAAGCAUUCUGUUUUUCGUGCCGCUUACGUGGUGAACAUAAAUUUGAUGCAGGAUUUACAAUUAAUGGUUUUAAUAUAUGGAAAAAUGGAACAUUAAGGUUAAAUGAACAUCAAGCAACAUAUAGUCAUAAAGAAUCGUUUGAAAGAUGGAAAACAACUGUACAAAAUCACAAUAACAAUACAGAUGUAUUAAUAUUAUUAGAUCAACAGAAUUCUAAACAAGCAACUGAAAAUCGAGCGUAUUUGAAAGAAUUAAUUCGAACAGCUCAUUUUCUAGCGCGACAAGGUGUCAGUUUUCGUGGUCAUCGUGAAAAUGUGGACUCCAAAAACAGAGGCAAUUUCUUAGAAAUUUUGGAACUAAGAAGUAGUGAUAAUGAACUAAUAAGAAGAAAAAAAGAAGAAAUCAAUUUUACAGAGUACAAAAUUCAAAACGAGCUGAUUCUACUGAUGAAUAAGCAAGUAUUAAAUCGUAUUGUACAAGAAAUUCAGAAAGCAAAAUAUUUUUCUGUUAUGAUUGAUGAAACAACUGAUAUAUCGAAACAAGAGCAAGUAUCCUUAGUGAUAAGAUAUACCGAUGAAAAUUUUAAUAUUCAUGAACGAUUCAUGGGUUUUGAGAGAACGAAGGAAAUGACAGGUGAAGCAUUAUUCAAUUUAUUAUUAGAGUGGCUUAAAAAAUUAAAUUUGGAAGUUAAAAAUAUUGUUGGUCAGUCAUAUGACGGAGCUUCUGCAAUGCGAGGUGAAUAUAAAGGUGUAGCAGCACGUCUGAAAGAAGUGGCACCAUGUGGUCAGAAGGAAAACAAAUAA